AUGGCCGAACAGAAAGAUAGAUGGUCUGCCAACGCUUAUCAGCACUCGGCUUCUUUUGUCCCCAAGCUUGCAACAAAAGUUGUUCAAUGGCUUGAUUUACAGAAAGAUGAUGUCCUUCUUGAUAUCGGAUGUGGAGGUAUGUACUUGAGUCCCAACUUGAACCACGGUCCUGAGACUGAUCAUCUAGAUGGCAUCUUGAAUGCCGAGUUCGCAAAGAUCUUGGCUCAAGGAAGCGGUUCAAUGCAUGGCGUUGAUAGCUCAGCUUCCAUGAUUGAAGCUGCCAGAGAACUGUGCAAAGAUUCUCAGAAGUCUACCUUUGAUGUCUUGGACGCUACACAGCUCGUCUCCAGGCCAGAAUUACAAAAAGGAGCUUUCACUAAGGUUUUCUCCAAUGCAGCCAUGCACUGGAUUCUCCGCCCAGAAGAUACUCGUGCUCAGUUCUUCAAGGGUGUCUACGCUUCACUGGCCCCAGGUGGUUCAUUCGUCUUCGAGAUGGGCGGUUUCGGCAACGUUUCUGAAAUGCGAACUGCUGCUCUUAGUGCUGUAGGGCGCCGCAUCGGUAUGAAAGCCGCCCUUGCAGCUGAUCCAUGGUUCUUCCCUGACCAAGCUUGGGUCACGAAGGCGAUGCAAGACGCAGGCUUCGUUGUUGAACGGGCAGAGCGCGAGUGGCGGCCAACACCAACUGACAAAGGGGGUGUUGAGGGCUGGAUUAGACUCAUGGCAAGUCAGUUCUUAGAUGCCAUUUCAGAUGAAAAGGAGAGGGAGGAAGCUGUGCAAGAAUGCGUGGGGGUGCUGAGGGAGUACACCGAUAUCGGUGCAUCAUGGCACGACAUCAUCAUGCCCGAACACGAUGCCCUCGUGUUGUCGUAUAGCCACUUGGCCAAGCUUCCCAGAGCGAACGAUGCCCUGCAGACCUUGAAGAAAGUAGCUUCUCUUGUGAAGCCUAUAAUGCGAGCGCGCAACUGGAAAGUCCGAGAGUUGGCCGAGUUCUAUCCUGAACAACAGAAUCUGUUAGGUCUCAAUAUCAACCGAGGAGCCAAGAUAUGUCUUCGUUUGCGACAUGCCGGAGAUAAGAACCAGUUUAUGCCCAUCGAAAGCGUUGUUGAUACAAUGCUACACGAGUUGUCACACAUAGUCCAUGGCCCUCACGAUGCCAAGUUUCAUGCUCUUUGGGAUCAACUCAGAGAUGAGCACGAGGGUCUAGUUCUUAAAGGCUACACUGGAGAAGGCUUCCUCUCAGAGGGGCGGCGUCUUGGAGGCUCAAGAAUACCACCUCUCGAAGCUCGUCGAGUAGCACGAGAGGCUGCAGAGAAGCGACGAGCUCGCCCCGGUACUGGAUCAGGCAAACGUCUAGGGGGCUCUGCUCCUCGGCCAGGUGAAGAUAUUCGGAGAGUUAUUGCGGAUGCUGCCGAGCGACGGAGCAGGAUCCUCAAGGGAUGUGGCACAGAUAACCUCAGCGAAACUCAAAUUCGCAACAUUUCAGACAAUGCCACAAAGAACGGUUUUCGAACCCAGGCCGAAGAAGACGAGGCUAACGAUGCAGCCAUAGCUCAAGCCCUGUGGGAACUAGUGCAGGAAGACAAAUCUGUCGAAUACGGCAAUUCAUACAUCGCUCCCACGGCAGACAAUCCAACUGGAAAUGGAGGCGGAUCAGUAAUCCCUCAUAGGGGACCUGGUGCUAGUUCGGAUAGGCCUAGAGAGCCUCCAGGUUGGACAUGCAGCACCUGUACUCUGCACAAUCCUGCCAACUACCUCUGUUGUGACGCUUGUGGGAUGGAGCGGUCCGAGAUGAGUCCAGGGACACAACAGGUUAAGAACAACCGCCGAUCCAGAUCGCCAGUAUCGCAACCUGCUGUUAUUGACUUGACGACUUCGAGUCCGCCACGAGAUCGGCAGAAGCCUGCGACAACAUCGCGGAAUUCAAGACCAAGAGUCACAAGUCAAGAAGCUGCAUCGUCGGGACCGCAGCCGCAGAUGUGGGAAUGUAGUUUUUGUGGGACGGUGAUGGAAAAGAAGUGGUGGACUUGUUCGACAUGUGGGAAAAUCAAGGGCAAUUCACGGUAG